AUGGUCAACAUACUCCGCACAUACCCACAUGUCAUAGGUAUGGAUUCUACUUACAAGACCAAUCGAUAUAACAUGCCUUUCUUUGAGGUAGUAUGCGUGACACCGACAAACCAGAAAUUUCUAGUUGGAUAUGUUUUCAUGCGGUGGGUGUUGCAGAGAUUAAGGGAGUUGAUUGGGUUUGAUAUAGAGCCAUCUGUAUUUAUUUCAGACCGUGAUCUUGGGCUUUGUGCGGCUUUGAGAGAAGUCUUUCCAUGGACGUCGCAUUUACUCUGUCUAUGGCACAUCAACAGAGAUGUGGAGGCUAAGGUGACGAAGAUGUUUGGAAACAAGAUGGUUGGUGUCAGUUUUAGAGCUGGGAGAUGGUUCAAAAUCGUGAAUGCAACAACACAGGCGGAGUAUGAUCGUGCUCUAACUGCCAUGCAAAUUCUUCAUUUUGGUAACACCACCAACUGCAGAGUUGAGAGCCAACAUUCAGUAGUGAAAACUUGGUUUGAAUCAUCCACAGAAUCAUUAGCAGGUGCUUUCGAUACCGUAUGGGCCCGAGUCCAUUGUCAUAUCGGUAAUCGCAUCAUACAAAUUCGUAAUGAGUUGGAGGCAUCAAGGUCUAAAAUUAGUCAGAUGUACAGACAGUUGCCACUGUCACGUAUAAAUGGCAAAGUGUCUCAACAUUGCUUAAAAGUUCUGGAUAAGGAGACGAAAAGGAUGCGGGAUUUGAGUUACCAGAUACAUGAUUCGAUAGUUUCACAGACAAGAUUGUAUAGUAGCCAAAUUCAUUCUUUCUGGAAGAUAUUGGUUAUUGGUGAUGGUGUUAACAUUCCUGAUGUGGUAAAUGAUUCGACCGAGGAGGCUGCACAUUUUCGGUCCCUAAUCGACGAAGUCAUGGAAAGUGACCCAGCCGUACGCCGAAAUGUAACGCGAAUCAUUGAAGAGGAGCUACAUCCAGAUCAUUCACACCUUGAAGAACCACAUAUCAACCUUAACACUCGUGGUCGACUGAAGAGAAAUAACACUAGGCGUGAUCGUAGCUAUUUCGAGCAUGUGAACCGUCAACACACUCAACGUGGUGGUGACCUAGAACCAGAUCCAAGUGACAUUAGUCAAUGCAGGUAUUUGAACUUGCUUCCAGCCCCAAUGUUGCCGUACAUUAUGUUUUGGAAGGAUGUCAUCGGUGAUGGGAACUGUGGCUUUCGUUGUGUCGCCGACUUCUUCUUUGGCGAUCAAAAUCAGUGGUUUGACGCUCGGGAAACAAUAGCGAACGAGAUCGCUGGUCAUCCUGCUUUGUACGAACGGAUUUACGGGCUUGGGCGACUUUGGAUGAACGUGGAGCGUAUUCGAUGGGAUGGUGGGGCUGUCGGGGAGCAGCAUUGGAUGGUUACAAUUCAAGAUUUAUUUCCUAUUACUACGUGGUUCAACGCAAGGGUGAUUUGUCUCGGAGUAGGCCUAGUACCAACUUGCUACUACCCAUGCAUCACAGUCUUACCGCUUAGGGCACGCAACGGGGUUCGGUCACCGACUCGAGAGUUUGUGAUUGCUACAGUUGGUGGAUCACAUUUUAUCCAUCUUGACCUUGUACCUAAUUCACCACUCCCGCCGAUCGCCGGUUGGUGGACGGAACACCACGAGGAUAGUGUCAAUGGAUGGGAACAAGUUUAUCAAUUGAGAAGGGACAUGUGGGAUGCAUUAGUUAGGUAG